UUUCUAACCGUGACAACGACUGACGACGCGUCACGAUCAAGAGCCACUGCAUUUUGACUGGAUUGAGGUUGUAUCCCAAGCGUCUCUCCGGAUCCCAUUUCCUCAUAACUCGACAAAUUAUUAUGUCCUCUGAAUAUGGCAGUGUUGCAGAUGCUGUUAACCCAACGUGUGCCGCGAUAAAGCGUACUCCAUCACGCGCUAGCGUUUCGAGCACAUACUCAACUAGGAAGCGAAGGCGGGUUUCAGUGGCUUCGCUUGACUUGGAAGGGGAUUUGGCAACACCAUUAGCACCGGAGACUCCCAUCGAGGAGAUAAACGCAGAUCGAUUUUUGACAGUACGAACUUCAACGUCAUUGCCAUUGAAUGUCACCCCGAGAACAAAUCGUAUCGCCAAAGCGUUUGGUCUACUUGACGACCGUGUAUUAAGUCCCACCAACUCUCCCUCACUCUCUUCAGAUACGUCUCUUCGUUCAUUGCUUCGCCGAAGUGCCUCCGAAUUGUUUUCGACUUCCCGUACUGCAUCUCUACUCUCAGCAAAGUCCAAUUUAGGGACUCGGAAACAUUUCGUAAUGGCCCUCGAUGGACCCGGAAUGUCUACUGACCUUUUCGCCUCUCCAAUGGCAUGGUCACACGCCAACUGCAUCGGAGUUGCUUUCAAGUAUGAUGUGUAUUUUCAGAACCUUGAAUCCCGGGCAGUAGUUCACUUGUGUCGUUCCUCCCUUUCAGACGGAACAGUCCACAGCAUCGAUUGGGGUGGCAAAACCAAACCUUAUUUACUCGCGCUCGGGACGACAGUCGGUGCUGUCAGAAUUAUGGACGCCGAGAACAGAAAGCAGCUUGUAGACUGGGUCGAUGGUGGUCAUGGCAUGGGAGGCAUGCACUGGAAUGGCGAUGUCCUUGCUGUUGGCAGGACUGGCGGCGGUGUGACCCUGUUCGAUAUCCGAAUGCGGGCUGAGAUAACCAAGAUUACGGGCCAUAAACGACGAGUACACGGCGUGAAAUGGUCAGUUGACGGGCGUCAUCUGGCCACAGGAGAUGACAGUGGUGUUGUCCACGUAUGGGACCAUAGAGCCAAUGAUCUUCUUACGAACGGCGACAAAAAUAUUCGCAUGAAACACAAGGGUCCGGUCAAGGCUUUAUCGUGGAGUCCGUGGCAGCACGGCCUACUAGCAACUGGAGGUGGUUCCCCAGACGGUGAAAUACACAUUUGGAAUACCGGCAAGAUGGUCCCAUCCUCUGACCCACUGCAUACCAUCUCCUUACAGACAACUAUCACGUCUUUGCACUGGUCCCCGCACUGCAAGGAGCUCUUAAGCACCCACGGUUCCUCGUGGUCUGUAUCUCAAAAUAACGUACACUCGGUGACCCAAGUAUCAGCUCCAAGUGUAGAAAACUCGCUCGUGGUUCAUUCGUACCCUUCCUGCCAACGAAUUGUCAACGUCAAAGCACACUCCGCUCCUGUGGGUCACUCUUGUAUUGGCCCCGACGGAUGUUCUGUAUUCACUGUCAGUCCCGUGGAGGAGACCAUUAAGAUGUUUAGGGUCUGGUCCGCGCCAGAUGACAAGGAAAAAAAUGAGGGCAGUGACAUGACCUUGAGGUCUACCAUACGAUAAGAUUUGUACGAUCACGCCGCCCACAUGCUUGCAUAUUUUUGCAUGUAU